UCUUUUCGAAGUAAGGGGGGCGCGCCCGCCUGGGCGCCCGCCCGCCCCUCGGGGGAAGAGGGUGUUAUCAGAGGAUUCCGUUUCCCAAACUGGGACAGUUCGGCGCUGAUGCUCGCGAGCGCGAGAGGGGCACACAUUCACCACCUGGGGGCUCCCGUUCGUGCCAGGUGCGCGUGUACCCCACCAGAGCGAAUACGGACCUCCGGUCGACAUGUCGCGACAGCAAAGGAGCUCGAGGGACCGCGUGGCGAUCAAGAGCAAAUUUGAUGCAGAGUACCGACGCUUCAGCCUCCUGCUGUCCAGCACCGGCUGCUUCCAAGACUUCUACCAGCUGCUACGCUCCAUCCACAGGAUUCCAGGUUUAGAGGUCUUCCUUGAAUAUGUGGAUGCCCACGGGGACUUGCUGCCCAUCAACAAUGAUGAGAACUUCCACAAAGCUCUGUCUGCGGCCAGGCCUCUGCUCAGAGUCAUCCUGCAAAGGAAAGAUGUCAUGGACUCUGUCUUCAGCAUCGACCUCCCGCAAAGGAAGAAGAAGGGUCAGCGGCAGAUGACAGCGAAGCCCCACCCCCCUAUGCUCAUUGGCCCUCCCAAGGACUUCCGGCCAGUGUCAUCUAUUAUUGAUGUGGACAUCCUGCCCGUGACUCUCCGGCGCGUGCGGCUGCACAAACACGGCUCUGGCCGCCCACUGGGGUUCUACAUCCGUGACGGGCUGAGCGUACGUGUCACGCCACAGGGUGUUGAGAAGGUGCCGGGAAUCUUCAUCUCACGCGUGGUGCGUGGUGGCCUGGCUGAGAGCACGGGGCUGCUAGGCCUCAAUGACGAGAUCCUGGAGGUGAAUGACAUCGAUGUGGCUGGCAAGUCACUGGACCAGGUCACUGACAUGAUGGUGGCUAACAGCCGUAACCUAGUGAUCACCGUGAAGCCAGCCAACCAGCGCAACAAUGUGGUGCGUGGCAGCAAGGCCUCAGCAGACAGUGUCGACUCCCGUGCCUGUCAUGACUCUGCCGCUAACCCUGCCUCUCUGCACCAGGGCAAUAGCAAUGCUGCAGAAGGUGAGAGCGAUGAAGAGGAUAGCGACAUCAUCAUAGAGAAUAACACUCUAUUGCCUCGCCUGCCUCUGCAGCCUUUUGUCAAUGGCAGCGCUCUCCUCAGGGAGACGUCACCGCCCUUGUCAUUGGGACUGCAGCCUCUCCCCCGAAGCACAACUCCUCAUAACAGCCCCACCUACAGGCCUGGAAAAGGCAUGCAAGAGGAUGGCAACAUCAUCACGCUAUAAAGAGGACACACCCCUCCCACCCAACUCAUUUACUCCACCCACAACCAUCCUUUCACUGGGAAAAAGGGGGCAUUGGAGUCGCAGAAACUGAAAAUCUCAGCAAACCCGUGGUUGUUUCUGUCAGACAGUGUGAGUGCUGUGUGCCAGACCAUUUACAUGUGAAGAGUCGUACAAAAAAUACGUGAACACCUGAUCAAAACAAGCUAAUAACUCCUUUUCAAACAGACAAUACACCUCACUGAGAAUCCCAUUGGCUGAAUUUACCGCUUUUCUCAUAUGUUCCCCUACCUGUCAUUCGUCACUCAUUUAAAGCAUUUAGCUCCGUCAGCUGGUAACUAUACACCACUUUUCACUAAUGUACAUAACUGUACACCCCUUUAAACCCCAUACCCUUUUACACCACCGUGCAUCGCUUUGUUUUAAUCUUUGUAAGAAAGGAAAGAAGUGGGUGUGGCUCAACUUGAAAGGCUCUGUUGCCAAAGUUACUUGAGUCUCAAAAAAAGAAAGUGAAGAAUUAGGCCUGCACGCACUCCGGGUUACUGUGGCUAUGUCUCCUACAAGCCCCCCCAAGACAUUUCUCUGAUGAUGUUACUGCAUGGGAGGGGCUGAUGUUCAGCUGAAGGGACUUCUCUGGCUAAGUGCCAAGGUGGCUGAGUAUCCAUCACAACAUAAACCCAAAAUGAGAAAAAAACUGAGCAUAGCUAAUUUUAUUUUCGCUACUCACAUUGUAUAAUAUCAUAAAUAUAACUUGUGGAGUCUGUUUUAUACCAGAGAAUGUUUAAAUGUUGAAAUUACGGACAGUAUUUUUUGUACUCUUCCACUCUUAUAACAGUCAGAAAAAAUUUUCUACGAAGAGGAUGCUAACUGAAAC